AUGCAAAGUGUAUUCAUCAGGACGUUUACCACUUCAAGAAUACAGUUUCAGCGGUACCAGCCACGUUUUGUUAAUACCAUUAAGGAAACGGUCAAGUCAGCACAAGAAAAGUCGUACAGUAUUACAAGACCGUUGGGGUUGUCAAAACCAGUUUUGUUAAAUCAUAAAUUGUCAGACACAUACUCAUUAUCCAAUAUAUAUGAAGAGUUGUUUGGUCAGAAAUCCAAAGAGCGAAGACAGAAACAACUAGACUACGAUUUAAAACACUCGCCGAUUUAUGAAGUGAAAUCAUUUGAGAAUACAAAGGGGAAAAUAUUUACUCCUCCUGUAUCGUACUUUCGACAAGACAAAUCUUUGUAUUUCCCAGAUUUUAUAGCGAAGACAUUGGCUGGUAGUAAGAGAAGUUUGUAUGACUCUUUGGACAAUAGAUUGAGCAUUGUCAAAUUGUUUUCUUCUGUUGCCGGUGAACAAUGUACUCGCUCGUACUUUAAGGUGGAAAACAAAGAUUACUAUUCCCAGGAUUAUGAUACCUUUGUGGAGGAAUAUCCCCGUACCCAGAUACUUGAUGUGAAUAUGCCGCAGAGUUGGAUCAAGGGAUUUGUGACAAACUUGAGCACAGGAAAUUUAAAAAAGUCUUUGAAGCCGGCUCUGAGAUACGAGAAUUAUUUUAUCUUGCCGGGCCAUAUAAUGUCAGCAGAAAUUAGAGAGCAAUUGUACUGUGAUAACCAGUGUUCAGGGUAUAUCUAUAUUGUUGACUCGAUGGGGAAGAUAAGAUGGGCAACCAGUGGGUACGCAACUCCUGAAGAUUUGAAAUUGAUGUGGAAGGUUGUGAAAGGGGUGCAAAGAGAAAUGACAAAGUAA